CGUCGUUGCCCGCCUCGGCUCAGUCAGCUCACAACAACAACCCAGCUUCACCUCUCCGUCUCCAUGGCCGACCGCGUCCACCCCGUGCCACCGCCUACACGACCCGAUCAACAAGCCGACGCCGCCGCGGCGCCAAUGGAGACCACGCCGCUGUACCCGGCCUUCCACCGCCCUCCCGCGCCGCCGCCGGGCACCUACAUCAUCCAGGUGCCCAAGGACCAGGUGCUCCGCGUCCCGCCCCCCGACCGCGCCCGCCGCUACAAGAAGCUCGCCGCGCGUCCCGCGCGACGCCGCCUCCUCCGCCGCGCCUGCUGCUUCUCCUGCGCCGCCGUCAUCCUCCUCGUUCUCCUCGCCGCCGCUUUCGCGGGCGCCGUCUACCUCAUCUUCCGCCCCCGCGCGCCAUCCUUCUCCGUCGCGUCCCUCUCCAUCCGCGGCCUCGACAACCUGACCCUCUCCUCCUCGCCCACACUCUCCCCGGAGCUCGACGCCGCCGUGCGCGCGGACAACAGCGCGAACAAGAAGGUCGGCAUCGACUACCGCGGCGGCGGGGAGGUCGCGGUCUCCUACUCGGGCAUCCAGCUCGCGUCCGGGGAGUGGCCGGCGUUUUACCAGGCGCCAAGAAACGUCACGGUGUUCUCGACGUCGUUGAGUGGAAAAGGCGUGAGCUUCACGGACGAGCAGAGGAAGCAGCUGGCCAUGGAGCAGGCGGCGGGCGCCGUGCCGCUGACGGUGGAGGCGAGGGUGCCGGUGAGGUUGAGGCUCGGCAAGGUGUUGCGGACGUGGACGGUGGACGUGAAGGCCAGCUGCGACGUGGCCGUGGACAAGCUGGCGGGGAACGCGGCAGCGGGGAACAGGGGCUGCAGGGUCAGGGUCAAGCCGCUCUGGUGGUGGUGGUGAUCGCCGGCGCCGCUCGCCCGUGCAUGGUUUACGCUGCCUUUAACGGCUUAGUUACAUUGAACACAGAGAUUAAUUACUUAGCCACCUGUGAAGUAAAUGAAUUUUACUGCAGAAUUUUUGGGAUGUAUUUACAGUUGAUGUGAAGGCUGUCAGUUAUUCAGUAUAUAGAAGAGAUGAUUUUCUCGGUGCCA